AGGGUGGCGAGAGAGAAAGAAGGGGAGGAGAGUGGAUGCUACCCACACCCUGAGAUGCUGUGCUGGCUAGGAGAAGACGAGAUGUCCGUCCAGGAGCUGCUCCAGAGGGUCGAGUGUGUCAUCACUCAUGUUGAUGAGAUCAUGCAGCAGGAGAUUAGGCCCCUGCUGGCUGUGGACAUCAUCGAGCAGCUUCACCGCCAGUUUGCCUUGCUCUCAGGAGGACGAGGGAAAGAUGGCGCCCCCAUCAUCAUCUUCCCGGAGUACUCAGGCUUCAGUGAAGUGCCAGAAGACGACUUCCUCAAUGUUGUUACUUACUUGACCAGCCUACCCAGCCUGGACGCAGCCAGCAUCGGCUUCAUCAUCAUCAUCGACCGACGGAAAGACAGAUGGAGCUCAGUGAAGGCCUCUCUGUCCAGGAUUGCUGGGGCGUUUCCAGGAAACCUGCAGCUGGUGUUGGUUCUGAGGCCGUCCAGGUUCUUCCAGAGGGCGAUAGCUGACAUCGGGAUCAAGCUGCACAAGGAUGACUUUAAAAUGAAGGUACCGAUCGUGAUGCUGAACUCUCUGUCAGAUCUGCAUGGCUAUGUGGAUAAAGACCAGCUGACCCGGGAGCUUGGAGGAAGCCUGGAGUACGUUCACAGUCAGUGGAUACACCACCGGACUGCCAUAGAGAACUUUGCCAUGACAGUGAAAACCACAGCUCAGAUGUUACAGAAGUUUGGGAAAGACCUGGCAGAGACAGAGCUGCCAAACGACGUCCAGUGCACCAAAGACCUGCUGACGGCCCACACAGACAAACACAACAACCUCAGGGACGAACUGAAGUUGGCUUUGAAACAGGGCACCACCUUGUUAGGUUGUAUCAAGGAGCAGGCAGCAAAGUCAGAGAACCACACACUGAACCCAGACGAGAUGGAGAAUCAAACCACUGUGGAACGGCUCCUCGCCCAGCUGGAUGAGACAGAGAAUGCUUUUGAACAGUUUUGGUGUAAACAUCACGUGAAGCUGGAGCAGUGCCUGCAGCUACGACACUUUGAACAGGACUUCAGAGAGGUCAAAGUGUCUCUAGACAGUCUGAUGGACAGUUUAACCAGUCUGACAGAUAUCGGGGAUUGUGUGGCCAGAGUUGAACACCUACUGAAGGAACUGAAAACACUGGAGGAGAAGGCUCUGCCCACGCUAGAAAAGGCCCAGCUCCACGCACUGCACGGUGACCAGCUGAUCCAAAGCAGCCACUACGCCGUGGACUCUAUCCGACCCAAAUGUGUGGAGCUGAGACGAGUCUGUGACGACUUCAGCAACGAGUCCAAGAAAAAGACAGACGUCCUGUCCAAAUCCCUGCAAAUACACAUUGGCACCGAUAAGGUUAACCAGUGGUGCGAGUCUGGCAUCUACCUGCUGGCCUCCCAGGCUGUGGAUAAGUGUCAGUCACAGGAAGGAGCAGAAUCAGCACUGAAGGACAUCGAAAACUUUCUGGAGUCUGCAGAAAAGAACCAACUGACUGAACUUAGGAACCUGCACAACCAGUAUGAGGUCUCCUUAUCUGAGGAUAUCAAGGCCGUCGUACUGAAGGCACUGAAGCGCCUGGAGGAUGUCCAGGAGAUGUUUCAGAAGAGGCAUGUCAGUCUGAAGAGGCUGUCAGCUAAACAGACGAGGCCUGUUCAGCCCGUCGCCCCGCGGCCUGAAUCUUCUCCCAAACAGUCGUCACAGAAGAACCCCCCCAGGACUGCAGGGAACCAGCAGCCUCUGGCUCGCAGAGCUUCUGAUAACUCCAACAGUGGCAAGCAGCAAGUCGACAAUGAUCCCAACAAAAAGAAGAUCACACGCAAGGCCAAAGGAGGCAUCAAGAUUGAGGUGAUGCAUGAGGAGAGCCAAGGAGGAACCCCACAUAUGGUCGUGCCCAACGAGACGGAGGAGUGUCUGUCUAACAAACGCAGACACAUCAUGACGGAGCUGAUUGAAACAGAGCGGCUGUAUGUGGAGGAACUGCAGAGCCUCAUAGAGGGUUAUUUCGCAGAGCUGGAUAACUCAGAGCUCAGCCACCUCAUCCCCCCAUCCCUGGAGAACAAAAGGGACGUGCUGUUUGGCAACCUGCCCGAGAUAUAUGAAUUUCACAACAGGACAUUCCUGAGGGAGCUGGAAAACUGUGCAGAGAAACCAGAACUGGUGGGAACCUGUUUUCUGAAAAGGAAAGAAGAGCUUCAAGUGUAUGAGAAAUACUGCCAGAAUAAACCCCGCUCUGAAGUCCUCUGGAGACAGUGCGGAGACAGCCUCUUCUUUCAGGAAUGCCAGAAGAAACUGGACCACAAGUUGUCUCUGGAUGCCUACCUACUGAAGCCUGUCCAGAGGAUCACCAAAUACCAACUCAUGCUCAAGGAGAUGCUGAAAUGCAGUAAGGGUGAGGGGACAGCAGAGUUGGAGGAGGCUUUAAGCACCAUGCUCAACAUUAUCAAGUCUGUCAACGACUCGAUGCACCAGAUAGCCAUCACUGGCUUUGAGGGGAACCUCAGUGAGCUCGGGAAGCUGCUGAUGCAGGGAUCCUUUAAUGUGUGGACUGACCACAAGAAAGGCCACAGCAAGGUGAAGGACUUGGCCAGGUUUAAGCCCAUGCAGAGGCACCUGUUCCUGUACGACAAGAUGAUGCUGUUCUGUAAGAAACGAGAGGAGACGGCAGAUGGACAUGACAAGACGCCGUCCUACAGCUUCAAACACUCACUGAAGAUGAGCACUGUUGGGAUCACAGAGAAUGUGAAAGGCGACAUGAAGAAGUUUGAGGUGUGGUACAACGGCAGAGAGGAGGUUUACAUCAUCCAGGCUCCUUCCAUGGAUGUGAAAGCUCUGUGGGUGUCAGAGAUUAGGAAAGUUCUUACAGGCCAGCUAGAGGCAUGCAGAGAAGCCAGCCAGCAUAACAUCUUCGGGGCCUCCAUGAGGAAUGUGCGUAAGAUGGCGCUGAGACAGUCGGAUUCAUCAAGUCCAGAGUCUGGCUUCAGGAGAUCCAACCCCAGCCCCAAUAUGAGGCAAAAGAGAGCUGAUGCUUCAGCCAGCCAAACAGGCCACUCGGCUGCUAAUGCUAGGAAACGCUUCACCUUGCAGGGACUUUCCAACAGGAGGUCUCUUCAAGCAGAGCCUGCUGCUAAGGAGGCGGUGGUAACCCGUCGCUUCUCUCUCGCCUCCUCUCUCACCUCCUCUUCCUCCUCCUCCUCCUUCGCCACACAGCGCAAAAAAGGUACCCUCUCUGCUAGCAUAAAGAGCAAGAGACAUGAGAUAAAGAGUGAUCCCACUCCAUUUGGUUACGAAGAUACUUUGCGUGGGGCUAUGGCUGCGGUCAGGAAGCGUCAGAGCAUGACCAGCAGCACUGUUACUGCUGCUGGCGGCAACUCAACUGUCCCUAGAUCCACCUCGCAACCAGGCUGGACACAGCGGUGUCUCCCUUCCAUGGACGCGGAUGACUUCGAGACGAUCCCCUCCAGUGCAGAGGAAUCCUCCAACUCUUCAGAAGAGGAGGGCAACAAUAAAAAUGGACGCCAUUUACGGGUGCAGCUAACUUAUGAUUCUUGUGAAGCGCGAGACCUCUCUCUGAAGACAGGCGACCUGGUCCAGUUUGUGGAGGAAGUGGAGGGCGGACACUGAUAUCUUCAGCGAUCUGUUCACAGCAGCACUUUCUGACUCGGACGGGGAAAAAAGCCAGAACCUGGGGAGUUGUGUCUCAGGACAGCAGAUGGAUGGACAUUGUAGUUAAUUUCAUUGAACUACAAACUUUUUUUUAUUUAUCCCAAACAUGUUUUACAACUGCUAUUUCCUAGACUGGACUUUAAACAUCAACUACUAUGAGUUUUCUACUCGUAGGUCUUAGUAUGUGACUACAAAUGCCUGUUGUUGUUUUUCAACUGUAGUUUUUUUUUAUGUCUGACACGUUGAAGCUUCUCAGUGAAGCCUCUGGAAAAAGCCGGAACCUUAAUAUGCCUGAAUGUUACAGUGGGAAAGCCAUAUAAGAUAUUUUACUCAUGGAAGUACCAGCUGUCGUAUGUGAAACACUGAAGAGUGCAUGGACGUGGACACUGAACUUGGCAUCCAAAAUUGGAUGAAUUCACAUGACAAACUGUAGAAAAAACAAGUCUGGAGAGGGGCUGAAUACCUGGAAAAUCAAAUCCAAUUUUAGACUUGGAUAACCUUGGGAAAAGUGAUGAAUCCAUGUGUUGGCUGUGGGCAGGUCUUGGCAAUAUGCCCUGUUUUGCUGCGCUGAAGUAAAACUCUUUGAUACCAGGUUCUGCCUCAGCUGCCCUGCUCUGGCCGCUUAAGCUUUUCAGGACACUUCGCAGCCGCUGCAGUCUCCAGAAGAACCUAGAAGUUGUCUUACUUGACUCUUUAAGCCUGAUAAUGCCCCCACAUAAUAUCAUGACAUUACAUCAUGUAAUAUUAUCUCAGUGUGCCCAAUCUCACAUCCUGUAGCCUUGAAAAUAAUUUGUAUAAAUUGCUCUAAGAGCGAGAGAGAUAUCUCUCUUUCAUUUGUUUAUUUAUUCAAUAGGGACUAGGCUAUUUAUUAAGCUGGUCUUGGACAGUUUCUGACAGAAACCUUAUAAGUAUGUGAUUGUUGAGACAUUAUAUCAUGCUUGGUAUUAAUGAAUACUCCAAAGUUGUGUAAAUGACACCCUUUUUGGCAUAGACUGUGCCAAAGUCAAACAGAACAGCUUUUGAUGGGUUUUGACUGAAUACAUAUGUUUGCUGUAAUGAAUUUUCAUAUCCAUAUAUAGCAAACAUAACAAUAUAGGAAUAUAGCACUGUUAUGUUUUGUUUUUUUCACUUUUCGCCAAGUAUGGGGAA